AGUCAACAAGAGACGCGUGUGUGUGUGUAUGUCUGUCAAAAGUUUAUCCUUAUUCCCCAUUCCUCCUUUACCCGCCCUUCCUUGUCCACCACUCAUCCUUCACUGCACCGAGAGGACGAUAAGGGGCAGGAGGAGCAGCUGAUGAACGUGAAAUAAGAAGUGAGAGAGAGAGGAAAGCUGGACAUUAGCGAGUAACCUUCGGGUGGAAACAGAGUCCUACCCCAGCACAGCCACAGUUCCCCCAACAGGCGACAGCACAAGAUGGGCAAUCACUCUUCACAGGAUCGCAGGGACAGGUCUAAGGGGACAGACCUGGGCCAGUAUGGGACAGGGCGCGGCACAGAGGGGCCCUUCACCCUGCAUGCCCGCACCACCCCUGGCAGCACCACCAAGCCGUCACAGCAGCAGGGUGGCGAUGAGGACCAGGCAUCUAACUUGAAGGGGAUGAAGGACAAGGAGGGUGACGAAACGCCCCCCCAGAGGAUGCGGCCCAUCCUGCCGGCGGGCAACAAGAAGAUGCUGCCCGUCGUCAUCAAGUGGACGGGUGGAGGAAACAGUGUGGCUAUUGCUGGCACCUUUAAUCAGUGGCAGAAGAUCCCCAUGGUGAAGAGUGAGAAGGACUUUGUAGCCAUCGUGGACCUGCCGGAGGGUUCCCACGAGUACCGCUUCAUGGUGGAUGGCGAGUGGAAGGUCAGCAAGAAUGACAACACCACCAACAACACCGCCAACAACAACAACACUGCUAACAACAACAACAACAAGGAGAAGAACAACAAUGUCAUCACCAUCAGCGAGACGGACUUUGAGGAAUUUGAGACGGCACUGCUCCCGGACCCCAACGACAAGAGUGGGGAGAAGAAGUCACAUGGGUCGACAAGCAGCAGGGAUCGAUCAGGGUCUGAGGAGGAUGAGUUUGGGCAGGAGAUCCCAGAGUACCAGCAGACAGACAAGAUCCGUGGCCCCCCCGUGCUGCCCCCCCACCUCCUGCAGGUCAUCCUCAACAAGGACACUCCCAUCUCUUGUGAGCCCACCCUGCUGCCGGAGCCGAAUCACGUGAUGUUGAACCACAUGUACGCACUGAGCAUCCGCGACGGCAUGAUGGUUCUCUCCACCUCCAACAGAUACAAGAAGAAGUGUGUCACCACCCUCAUCUACCGCCCCAUUGAGUAGUGUGUGUGUGUGUGUGUGUGUGUGUGUGUGUGUGUGUGUGUGUGUGUGUGUGUGUG